AAAACUCUGUUGAUUGAUUCACGCCGAUUUUCACCAGCUUCUCAUAAACCCUUAAGCCGGAUUUCAUCAUCAUACAUCGUGAAAGAUGCAAAACGAUGAGGUUAUAUGGCAGGCUAUCAGACACAACCACUGCAGUUACAUGGCCAAGUAUGUCUCUUUUCUUCUCUCUUUGCUUUUGUCUGAAAGAUUUGCUUUGAUGAGCUUUUGCUGUAAUUUUACUUUUUGUAGAAUCGAAACAGGAAUCUUCUGCAGAAACCCUUAUAACGUAACAGGUAUCUGCAACCGUAGCUCUUGCCCUCUUGCCAACAGUCGCUACGCCACCAUCCGUGAUCAUGAUGGAGUGUUUUAUUUAUAUAUGAAGACAAUAGAGAGAGCACACAUGCCAAAGAACUUGUGGGAGAGAAUAAAGCUGCCUAGAAACUAUGAGAAGGCCCUUGAACUCAUUGAUAAGCACUUGUUGUACUGGCCCAAGUUGUUACAGCACAAGGUUAAACAAAGACUGACCAAAAUGACUCAAAUCCGUAUUCGUACAAGAAAACUUAAUCUCAAAACAAGGGAGAAGAUAAUGACUAUGGCAAGGAGGGAUAUAAAGAGAGAGCCAAGAAGAGAGGAAAAGGCUUUAAAAGCAGCACAGUUGGAGAAGUCCAUUGAAACAGAGUUGUUAGAACGUUUGAUGAAAGGCGUUUACCCUAAGAUACUCGAUUACCCAGAGCUUGUUCAAAAGGAAGUUGAAGUUCAAGAAGAAGAAGAAGAAGAAGAGGAGGAGGAGCCAGAGAUUGAAUAUGUUGAAGGCUAUGAUGAACUCUUGGAAGAAGAAGAUAUUGAAGAUUUCUAUGGCGGCUUCCCAUCUAAGGAGUCUCACCUUGACGGUGAUGACUUUGAAGAUGAUGAGGAUGGUGAGGAGCAAGUAGUGAUUCAUAAAAAGGGAAGAGCAUUGAAGAAGUUUGAUGGUAAUGGAAAGUCCAAGAAGAAAUCAAAAGUAGUUGUUGAGGUCGAGCAAGAUGAUGGAGAUACCAGGCAAAGCCUUAAAAGCCUGAUGCUUUGAGAACGAUAGUGAAUAUUUUUUUUUUUAAUAUAAAGCUAACAUGUUAGUUACAUUUAUAAAUCAAAACCAUUUAUUUGAAAAGAA